GUUCCUCGACUUUCGCGAAGGCGGAAGGAGAGUAAGGGACUUCCGUUACUGCCGCAAAGUAUUGUGGGUACUGUACCUUUCGGUACAUUUACGGUACUUUCCACCGGGACGUUGUUUCUCAAAUUCUACGAAAUUAAACACGUGAAUAACGUAGUUUUUGUGUUCUUUGUUUUCGUUUGUUUAUUUUAUAGGGUGGACUAUAACUGUUAGGUAGGAGCAGGUAAGCAAGCAACUCGAAGUAUUCUUCCGUGAUUGUUGCAAAGCAUUGUGGGUACUGUAUUUUUCUGUAUACCGGGAAUUUCAAGUUGUUUCUCAAAAUCUACGAAAUGAAAUAAAACCCCAUGAAUAUCGUAGUUGUUUGUGUUUUGUUUGUGACAUUUUAUUAUAUUUUAAGCUUUAUCUGUUUACUGCUGAUGAAAAUAAUUAAAAAAACAAGUGUGCGCACUUCCUGGUCAUAUGGUUUCUUUUAUUUUGGAGAGGGGGGGGGGGGCGAUAACUGUUACUUUUUCUUUCCCUUGUUAUUCACAGAGGAGCGAGCCAUCGAGCUGAACCGAGACACACACAUAUACACAGACACACACAGACACACGCACACAAAUACAAAAAGUGAAGUGUUAUUCCUUUGCGACAGAAGAAGAAGAAACGGAUGUUGACUCACGAGAUUCUGUGAACGCGGUGGCGCGCGCGGUGUGAUCAAAGGUUGGGUCAUUGAUCACAUUCCUGUCACAUGAUAAUCGAUCUCACGCUCGUCUGGUGCACUUGUUGGUGUGAUUUAGAGAGUGAGAGUUGUGUGUUUUCCAGCUACAGGCUUUGACAUGGACUACCAGCCGGGCCACCAGAACCGAAACUAUGGACUGGCCAAUCCGGGAUAUAUACCCACGGCGGAGGGGGCCCCCGCCAUGUUCGCCCCACCCGCCGCUGGCUUCGCGGGCCCCAGCGCUCCUUCAGCCGGCAUGUUUGACAAUGUGCCGGGCUACGAAGGAACCGUGGCAGGAGGAGGAGGUGGAUUUCUGCCCCCACCCAUGCCGGCUUUCCCGGCUCCCCAACCGCAACCUGGACCCGAACAGCCUCAAUGGAACAUCCCCUCGAUAACCGAGGACACGGCCCGGGAGGCCUUCGCCCUGUUCGCCUCCAGCAAGUGCUGCUACAGUUCAGCGCCGGUGAAAAACAGCGUGAUCACCGGCAUGGAGGCGUUCAACACGUACAGGUACCGCCUGGAAACCUUCACGGAGUCCAGAUCCACCGAGUGGACCCACGAGCCGUACAAUGGCCAGCCAGUGGACGCCUUCGCCCAACCGCCACCGGGUCCUUGGGACCUUCCCGUCAAAACCCCCAGCUUCUUCGUGGAUGACAAACAGACCAUGAAGGUUCCCUACACGUCGUCCGUGAAGCCCUGCCACGACUGCGUGGGAAUGGGGAGAAAACCUUGCAAAAACUGCGCCGGCUCUGGAAACAAAGUCUGUUUCGCGUGCAGCGGGUCCAGUUAUCGCCACGGAGAAGAUCGAUGCCACCACUGCAGCGGCAGAGGGAGGACCAACUGCAGCUUCUGUCACGGGGAAGGAGCCAUGCAGUGCGACACGUGUCAUGGAAAACAGCAGCUGCUGGUCUACAUCCACCUCAACGUGAAGUGGACCAACAACUGUGACGACUACGUGGUGGACCAGUCCAGCGGGUUGCAGGUGGACAACAUCAGCAAAGUGUCCGGCAAGGAGCUGUUCAGGGACUCCCAGUACCUGGUUUACCCGGUGAUGGGCUUCCCGGACCCGGCCGUGGUGGGCGCCGCUCAGCGCCUCGUCAAUGAACACCAGGGCAAGCACUCGGCCACGUCACGCAUCCUGCAGCAGCGUCAAACCAUCGAGCUGAUCCCCGUCACCAAGGUGACUUACGCCUGGAAGGGGAACUCGCACCUUUACUUUGUUUACGGGAAUGAGUUCAAAGUGAGCGCGGACAACUACCCCGCCACCUGUUGCUGCACCGUCAUGUAAAUUACAUCACAGCGAGUCUAUGAAGAUUUUUUUCUACUUUUUUUAAACUUUGACAGAUGAUUAGAUAUCAAAAUAAGUUCAGAUCGAGUCAAACGAGGGCAUUUAAAACGGUCUGAAGCGAAUUAGUGGAAGCGAUGAAGCAUCUGAACACACAGGAAGUCUUGUUGCCUGAACUACUCCGACACGAUAACUCAUGUUUGGGAAAUCAUUUGUAUUGUUACGUGCCAUUUAUAUGCAUGCACCGCAGAUGAUUGUUGACUGACACAAUAUAGAUCAUAAUCAAACUAUAUUCCCUGAAUCCUGAACCUGUUUGCUCCUAUAUGGAAGCAGUGAUUUAAAACAAAUUUAUUUACACAGUAAAACAAAUAUAUAUUUGCACCACUGGUUUUUAAUGUUAGUAAUAUGUAUGUGAACCUCAUCCUAAUCGUUCAUUACAGAACUAAUAGUUUUUUGUUUAUGUUACAAAUUGUUAAAUGUUCAUGAUUAUGUGAGACAAAAAUGUAUAAUACUUUAUUAACUGUUCCUUGCUUUCAAUAAAUGCUAUAUCUAUUCUAUUUUCAAGUAA